UGUUAAUUAUAAAUGGAACUGCCGGACCUAUAAAUUUCUCCAAACCAAAACUCAGGUGUAGUAAAAUUAACUAAAAAAUUUAAGAUGGAUUUAUUUUCUUUAAAAUAAAUGCACACUUAUUAAAGCGAUGCUGAACCAUCUCUUGGAUGUCAAUAUUUUUUGAGCAUAUCUUUUGUUGACUCCGGGUACGCUAGAAAAUGUUAAUUACCCUAAAAUCUAUUAUCAACAAUCGCAAAGCUUUCGACUCAUCUGCGCUAUUUAUUUAAUGAGGUUUAAAGUACCAUCAGUAGUUACGAAAUGACUGCCAAACUGUCUGAAAAUCUCAUGAAAGUGUUUGUCUAUGGCACAUUGAAACGUGGUGAGCCCAAUCACCACUGGCUCACACGUCCCGAAAACGGACACUCGCGUUUCGUAUGCGAGGCGCGAACUGUGCAAAAGUUUCCACUGGUGAUAGGCACACGUUACAACAUUCCAUUUUUGCUAAACAAACCUGGAGCGGGUCAUAACAUUUGCGGUGAAGUAUAUGAGGUGGACGAUACUAUGUUUGCGAAUCUCGAUGUGCUAGAGGAUUACCCUAACUAUUACGAUCGUGAAAUACAACAAGUAAAAUCUAAGGAUAAUGUAUCUAUUGACUGUUGGUUAUAUUUGAUUAAGGAAUUUCCGGAACAGCUACUCUUAAAGCGCCAUCUUGAAUCGUAUCAUAAUGCGGAAACACAACCAUAUUGUGAAAGGUCAGAGAGAUUGCCUGAUGUGAAGGCUAAAGAAGAUAUGGCCUACUGAGUAUGCACUUAAAACAUGCUUUAUUUGGACAGCUCCAAGAACGAUAUGUAUGUAGAGAACGAGUUAAAUAUUGUUAAAGGAACGUCCAAUUCUAAAGACGGUAGUUAGAGCAUAACCAAAAUAAGCCAAAUAAGUAUAUUUGUGCAAUAAACCAUUGUUAUAAAUACAUAAUACACAUUCGUUUUAUAGCAGUUUACUUCAUUAUAUCUUUUAUUUUCUGUUGAUUUCCCACUUAAUAAAUAGUUUUUGCGGAAAGUAGUUUGAAGCUAAUCUGUCCCUACCAUUAAUUAAAUAUAAUUUCUAUUGUGAAGCGGCAGUUCCCGGACAUUUAUGAAGAGUGGUGGCCGCGUCAGAUACCACAAUCCCGCACUCCAAUUAAUAAAGUAUAAAAAUCGCUAAAAUAAAAUGCUCUGAUGGAGAUUACAAAAAAGGAAGAAAAAAAAAUGUUGUAGAUACAAAGCGUACAAUACAUUCAA